AUACUGCACAAUGCAUUGCUCGAGGCUCCUCCUUUCGCUUCCAAAGUGUAUUUUCCUUGUUGCAUCAAUGGGAACUCGUUCGGUCACAAAUCAACCCAAAUUGGAAUAGUUCUUUAAAGCCAGAACGAUUCGAAUUAAAUGUCAACUAUCGUUCUCACAAUGGAAUUAUUGCGCUUGCUGCAUCGGUUAUUGAUCUUAUUCAAUCCUUUUUUCCUAAUGCUAUUGACAAUUUGCCACGAGAGCACGGUGAAGUUGGUGGUCCACGGCCCCUAAUUUUCAGAGGAUAUCAAGAUGAAACUUCUAUUUUUAAUUAUUUCACCGUUGAUGGACAAUCAGGUGAUACUAUUGAAUUCGGUGCAAAUCAAGUCAUUAUCGUACGUGAUGAGAAAGCUAAGAAAGAAUUAGAAGAAUCAAUUGGAGAAGUUGGCCUAAUUCUGACCAUUUUUGAGGCAAAAGGCAUGGAAUUUAAUGAUGUUCUUUUGUACAAUUUUUUUACUGAUUCUCCAGCAGGUCAAAAGUGGAGGUUAAUUCUUUCCGCUAUAGAAGGAUAUUCUGGAGGCAUGCAAGCUUUAUCGUACGAAAGGCAUUUUAUACUUUCUUCAGAGCUAAAGCAUCUCUAUGUGGCAGUAACUAGAGCCCGAGAACACAUUUGGAUAUUCGAUAGAGACUUUAGUUUGGGCGAGCCAAGUUUGGGCGAGCCAAGUUCGGCCGAGCCAAUCUGGAAAUACUGGGACCACCACGGAUUGAUCAGAACAAAACAUGAUGGAGACGGGACUUCUUUACCUAAUUUGGCUAAGAAAA